GGGCAAGCCUAUGGCGGCCAUUUUGAGGCGAGGUAUGUUUUUCCGCCAUUGUGUUUUAUAGUGUGCUUGUAUGCCAAAAAUAAAUUGCUUCGGCAUGAGGACAUAAGUGUAUUGUGAAUUUAAUUCCUAUUUUACAAGAUGGACGAAGAUUAUAUGGAAACACAGGAAACGGUUACGGCCGACCUAAAUAACCGAUCAGAAGUAGUUGACAAUCUUGAAGCGGCGAAAGAAAUCGCCGAAGUUCUAGGAUACGAAGAGAGUUAUGAAGAAGAUGACGGCACAAAUAGCUUCCGAGGCGGUCGAGGAAGAGGCAGUCAAUUCAGUCGAGGUCGCGGUCGAGGGCCUCCGCCUGGAUGGAUGAAUGGUCCCCCACCUCCGAUGAGGUUCCGUGGUCGUGGUUUCGGACCAGGAGGACCACCGAUGCGCAGCAGAGGCUUCUUUAGAGGUCGAGGUGGACCACGCUUUGGACCGAACAAUGGUCCCGGCUUUGACGGUAACUGGGGUCCGAUGGGACCACCGCCCGGUAUGAUGGGUGGUCCUCCUCCAUAUGGACCACCGCCUGGUAUGAUGCCGCCCGGUGGACCAAUGGGACCACCGCCUAAUAUGAUGGGGCAGCCGCCACCGUUUGCCGGACCACCGGGAAUGCCACCGCCUAAUAUGCCCGCUCCGGAGUUAUGGGUGGAGACGAAGUCUGAUGAAGGCAAGCUUUAUUACUACCACUCGAGGACACGUGAGACGACAUGGACGAGGCCCAUGGAGGGACCGACUUGUAAAGUCAUCACGCAAGCGGAGAUGGAAGCCAUGAGUACUGCAGUGCCGCAGAUGCCACCCGGUAUGAAUGGACCUCAGAGUAUGAUGAGUGGGCCCAUGAGUGGUCCGAUGGGUGGACCACCAAUGGGAGGUCCAAUGAGUAUGAUGAACGGCAUGAUGCUGCCACCAGGAGUCUCCGCGGGACCUGCCCAGGGCUCCGUUCCACCAUUUAUGACGCAACCACCUCCGUGGAUAAAGGAUGGUAACAACAAAGAUAAACAGGACAAUCAAAAUCAGAUGGAUGAUGAUGAGUCACCUCCGGGUGAUAUGUCGCAGAUGACACAAGCCAAUGGUGGUGGGUACGGUGGACCAUGGGGCAACUGGGGCUGGCCGCCGCCCGGCGCUGCCUCUGGUAUCACAUCAGCUGCUGUACCUGACAAAGGAGCAGCAACACAGAUGGCGCCUACAACGGUGACUGGUGCAGGCAGCAAGCAGGAACCCAUCAAUGUAGACGCCCUGCCCUCACCCAAGAGAGAGGAAAUUGUGAUACCACCGGAGCUGGUGGCAGCGGCCGCGGAGUGGACAACACAUCGCGCGCCGGAUGGCAAACCUUAUUAUUACAAUGAUAGUAAGAAAGAAUCAGUCUGGGAGAAACCUAAACCUAUGAAGGAAUUAGAAGAGCUGCAAGCAAAGAUAGCAAAGGAAAAAGGUUUAUCUGACAAAAAGAUUGACACACUCGGAUUAGACGACAAGAUUGAAGUGAUAGACGUGGAAGCGCACGCGGAGGCAGCAGCAGCAGCUGCGGCUGCUGAGGAGUCGCGGCGCAUCGCUGAGCUGGAGCUGGAGAGGGAGAGAGAGCAGGCGGAGAGGGAACGAGUGGAGCGCGAGAGGGUGGAGAAGGAGCGCGCCGAGAGAGAGAAGGCGGACAAGGAGAAAGCGGAGAAGGAAAAGGCGAAGCAGGAUAGAAGUAGACCGAUAUCUAGUACUCCGAUAUCUGGAACACCCUGGUGCGUGGUAUGGACUGGAGAUGGGCGCGUGUUCUUCUACAAUCCAACGGCAAACUCUUCAGUAUGGGAGCGACCGCCGCAGCUGGUCGGCCGAGCAGACGUUGAUAAAGCUGUCAGCCAACCACCGGUAGACCUUCAGCGGAAAGCAGCUGGGGCUACUGCAGCUGGAGCUGGUGCUGCUGCAGCUGGUAAUGGGGAGCUGAAGCGUGCAGCAUCCGACAGCGAAGACUCGGAUCAUGAACCUGCUAAGAAAACUAAGACGGAUACAGGCAAGAAGUGUGCGGGUGUGAUAGACGCGGGCAAGCAGGCGGCGGUGGAGGCGGAGAUCCGCGCGGCUCGCGAGCGCGCCGUGGUGCCCUUCGAGCAGCGCGUCUGCCGCUUCCUGCAGAUGCUGCACGAGAGCGAGGUCUCCGCGUUCAGCCCCUGGGAGAAGGAGCUGCACAAGAUCGUCUUUGAUAGCAGAUAUCUCCUACUCACUUCUAAGGAGAGGAAGCAGGUGUUUGACAAAUACGUUCGCGAGCGCGCGGAGGAGGAGCGCAAGGAGAAGAAGAACCGGCUUCAAGCAAAGAAGACAGCCUUCAGAGAACUCAUGGAUGAAGCCAAGCUGCAUUCCAAAUCAUCAUUCACGGAGUUCUCCUCGAAGCACGGACGUGACGACCGCUUCAAGGGCAUAGAGAAAGCUCGCGACAGAGAGAAGUUCUUCAACGAGUACAUUCUAGAAGUACGCAAGAAGGAGAAAGAGGAUAAGGAGAAGAAGAAGGAACAGGUGAAAAAUGACUUCUUAGCUCUGCUGAAAGAGAAGAAUGUAGGCAGACACACGCGCUGGGCGGAGAUAAAGAAGAAGAUUGACAGCGACCCAAGGUACAAGGCGGUGGAGAGCAGCACGAUAAGAGAAGACUACUUCAGAGAGUACUGCAAGCUGGCGAAGGAUGACAGGAAGAAGGAUAAAGAUGGAAAGGAGAAAGAGCGUGACCGGUCAGCGAGCAAGAAGGAGAAGAAGGACAAGGAUAGAGAUAAGGAGAAAGACAAGGAUAAGGAUAAGGACAGUAAAAAAGAUAAGAAGAAAGAAAAAGGAGAGGAGGAAGGCGACACGUCCCGCACGGAGGCGGAGGAAACAGCCGGUGAUGGGGAGGUGGAGGGUGAGGUGGAGGCGGAGGGCGAGACGGAGGUGGAGGAGAGCAGCGAGGCGGCGGCGGCGCGCGAGCGGGACAGACAGAUGCGCGCGCAGGCUUCUAUCAAGGAGCGGGAGAAGGAGGUGCAGCGCGCCCUCGCCACCAGCCUGCGAGAUAGAGAUAAAGAGCGGGAAUAUCACAAGCGAGAUGAGGCUGUACAACACUUCAACGCACUAUUAGCGGAUUUGGUGCGGAACCCGGACCUGACAUGGCGGGAAGCAAAGAAACAGCUUAAAAAAGAUCAUCGCUACAAACUAGCUGAGUUACUCUCCAAAGAGGAUAAGGAGCGACUAUUCUCCCAGCACAUAAGCGUGCUAUCCAGCAAGAGGCGGGACAAGCUGCGCGCGCUGCUGACUGAGCUCGGGGUGACGAGCACCGCGCGCUGGCGGGAGGUGAAAGACCAGCUCCAGCAGCAGCCCACAGCACCGGUCUAUGCCAGCGCUUCACAGAUGGAGCGCGAGUUCCGUGAAUACCAGCGCGACAAGCAGAGCAGCGCGAAGGCUGCACUACGACAGUUGUUGCUGGAGUGUCGCGCUAUCACACACCGCAGCUUUGUCGCUGUCAAGGAGAGUCCCGCAGCGCUUAAUGCCAUCACUGACACCCUGCAGCAUGACACCAGAUAUACAGCACUGGAGCACGCGCCGGGCGAGCGGCUACAAACUAUAAUGGCGCACCUAGAAGAGCUGCAUAAGAAGGGACCUCCACCACCGCCCACUGCCAGCGAGCCAACGCGGCGACCUAAAUAGAUAAUAAAUAAAAUACAACAAUUU